UGUGUGUGUGUGUGUGUGUGUGCGUGUGUGAGUGAGUGUGUAUUUGUGUGUGUGUUCUGAAUGGCUCCUCAACCGGUCAGAGUCAGCAGCGUCUGUGCACAGAGGUGACUAUGCCCCGUGUGUGUUUGAGGCAGAGGACGCGUCUGUCUGCUUUAUUCUUUCACACCUUGUCCUGGGCCUGUUCAGCAUCCAUUGACCCCGCGCCCAAAAUUGACGGACAGCGGACCUCGUCGGUUACUGUACAGGAGAACAUCACUCACCACUUCAGCUGCCAAUCAGAGGGCUGGGAUGCUCAAGCCCCGCCCCUGCUCACCUGGUACCUGAACGGUGAGAGGCAGAGCGAGGUGACGGGCCGCCGGGGGGCGGGGCGUCUGGUGAUGACAUCAUCGCAGGAUUCUGGAACGCUUCAAUACGGAUCGGAGCGCAACAGCACGUUCACACUGAAGCCGAAGCGCUGGGACCGAGAGCUGGUGUGUGCGGCACGAAACCCCACCAGAGGAGAGAGCUACAACGCCAGCGUCACGCUCAACGUCCAGUUCCGUCCAGAGAUCCUGCGUGUGGACGCUCACUACAGCCAGAGCUCGGACCCAGGCCUCGCCCUCAUUCUCUUCGCUUUGGUUCGCUCCAACCCCCCCGCCACCAUCCGCUGGGUGGAUCAGUCCGGUCAGCUGCUGGCCAACAGCUCCGACUUCCUCAUCCUGGACUCGCGCAGCUUACCCUGGCUGACCAAUCACAGCCUGCAGCUCACACUCAGCAGCCUAUCAGGAAACAUCACCGUGAACGCCAACAACAGCCUCGGCUCCGCCCACAGCAACCUCACACUCACAGAGUUCCUGCAGUCGCGUGUGGAGGUGCCGGUGUUUGGGAUCGUGACGGGUGGUGUCGCCGGCUUCAUCACCCUCCUCAUCUUCACCCUGAUGGUGUUCCUCCUCCUUCAGAAGGACAAAACCAAAGCCCUCGAGGAGCCUGCAGUGCGUCUCUCCAGCAAACGUGAGAACAGCGUGUAUCUGCCGCGGGAGAACAUGUCUCUGCCGUCACACGUGCAGCUGAACGAGGACCGAGCGCUCUGUAAGGGACAGAGCUCCAGACCCAACACACUGGAGAGGAGACGAGCCGAGGACGAGGAGGAGGACCUGUCUGCAGCCUACGCCGCCCGAGGGUUCGCUCGCUAUCCGAUGGUCGGCUACAUCUAUAAAGUCAGCAGCACCAGCAGCGACGAGAUCUGGCUCUGAUUCACACACACAAACAGAGCCGUGAUGAACUACGGCUGACCUCUGACCUCACGCCUUGCCGAGACUGAUGAAUCUCUCAGACAUCAAGCCUCAUAUCUGAGAUCUCGACGUGAUUGACUGACAGUGUCCUGCUGAAGAACUACAUUACCCAUAAUCCCCUGAUCAAAAAAAAAACCACUGUUACUAUGGAAACACCAUUCAGAGGCUACUUUAGUUAAUUGUAGCAUUGGUGAUGAUGAUUCCUGAAACGUUUGCGAAAUCAGAGAAAAAGAGUCACAGACUGAUUCAGUUCCAUCAAACACAGGGAAUCAUGGGAUCUGUAGUUCAUUCAGAAUCACUUGCUCAUUAAUAUCUUCAUCUCUGAUCAUGUUCUCAGAGUUAGUUAUGAAGAAAUGUUCUUUCAGUUUUCUGGCUUUCUCAAAACAAUAUUUAUACGUUGUUUAUUAAACAUUUUUAUGAAACAUUUCAGUUGGACAUCAUCUAACUUUUUCAAAUGUAACUAAUUAUUUGCCUCAGAUGAUUCAGAGAACAUUAAAAAGUAACGUUCACAAGUUUGCAGAAUUCUAAAAUGUAACAUUUCCUUAAAGUUCACAGAACCAAAAUAUAACAUUUUUAAAAACCGGAUGUUUUGAACUGAUUGGGAAUGUUAACAUUUAUAGAAAAUAUUUAUAGUCUGUAAUGACGAAUCUCUGAAAUGCAUCUAGAGGGAAUCAGUGUGAACUGAAGUAAAUCAGAUCACGAAUGAUUCGUACAAACCGUUUGACUGACCAUCACUGUAUGUGACAUGUGUGACAUCGACAGACUGUACAUACGUGCUUUCCUCGGUAUUUACCCACAGUUCUUUGCUGCUAUAUGGAAUGCUGUGUUAUAUUGUUUAAUAUUAAGGAAUGUUCAGUAAAUCGUCAGAUAUAUGAGAUAAAUAUGUGAAAAAUCUAUAUAUUUAAAUGAAUAUAAAGCAUAUUGUUGGUAUGGUGUUAUGAUCAUAUGCAUAUGUAUAUUUACUGUAAGUAUAUUUGUAAAGCUCAUUAUGAAUUUGUACAUACAAAUCUAUAAAAUAACGCAUGUCACUGUGUUUCCAUCCAGCAGGAGGCGCUACUAGUUAACCUGAGCUUGAGUAGUACUAGUUAAGUAUUAUCUCGUUUGUGUGUAUUAUUAGUCAUAUGAUGAAAUACCUCAAUAAAUCAUAUUGAUC